UUCCAGUGGUAUUAGCCCAAAGUUUUAACUAUACAAGUGUAUUUUGUCUCCAAUGGUUUUUGUCUUACCUUUUUUAAUUAGAGUGACACUCGAUUUCACAUACAUGCCACGUAAAGCUUUUGGGCCGACUCCGACCAAUUCGGCGAUUCAUAUAGGGUUGCCCAGCUAACGUGUGCGGCUUUUGAUAUCAUUUUCAGCCCAUCAUCCUUAUUUCCGUGUUUACCCUCCUCUCUUCGAUUAGAAACGCAAAAACCCUAGUGGUGAAAACGUCAAACCACAAGGGCUACCCACCCCCACCAUCUUCCAAUCCCUUCCCUCAUUUAAAUACAGAACCCUAAUCGCUCUCUCAAGCUUCCUUUCCGCCGCACGAGAACCCCCAACCACCAAUCACACAGAUCCGCCUCUGUUUCCUCCGCCUCCGGGUAGAAAAAUGACCACUAGGUUCAAGAAGAACCGCAAGAAGAGAGGCCAUGUCAGCGCCGGACACGGUCGUAUCGGCAAACAUCGCAAGCAUCCUGGUGGUCGCGGUAACGCUGGAGGUAUGCACCACCACCGGAUCCUGUUCGACAAGUACCAUCCUGGCUACUUCGGCAAGGUCGGUAUGAGGUACUUCCACAAGCUGAAGAACAGGUUCUUCUGCCCGAUCGUCAACAUCGACAAGCUCUGGUCCAUGGUUCCUCAGGAGGUGAAGGACAAGGCUGGAAAGGAUGGCGCGCCAAUGAUUGAUGUCACUCAGUUUGGUUACUUCAAGGUGCUCGGAAAGGGAGUCUUGCCGGACAACCAGCCUAUCGUGGUGAAGGCGAAGCUCGUGUCCAAGACUGCGGAGAGGAAGAUCAAGGAAGCCGGCGGAGCCGUUGUACUCACUGCCUGAAAAUGGGUACUUUUUUUUGCUAGGGUUUCUUCGCUUGUUAUUUGAGAUAAGUUUUUGGAACCAGUAUUAAUGUUUUAUUUACUUAGUGAAGUUUUUGGAUGGGUUGAAUUGUGGUAUGGAUGAUAUUUGGUUUAUGCAAAGAUCUACAUUCGAAAUUAUACUUGCUUGCCGUUGAAUUCUGUGCUCUUGAAAUGUGGUUGCUUGUACAUGCCCUAGUUUGAUUGGAUUCAUUCUGUAGGGUUUUGGAUUGAUCGAUGAUUGAACCUCGUUUUGACCUGACUCAUGAGUCAUGAGCAGUAGUUGUAGUCAGAGGAUUCGGUCAUGAAUUUGAAUGGUUUUGUAUGGAGCUGUAUCGAAUGCCAGAUGUGAUGUAUAUGAGAUGUUGAUUGGGGUGAUAGAUGAGUAAAGCAGUUGAAGCAAUGUGGGUUGCUUAGGUCCUUCGGAGAUAUGGCUUAAUCUUAUUCUCUGAUAGCUUGGCCAUCAUUUUUUUCUGAUGAACGUCUGUACAACCAGACCAAGAAAAUGCUGAGUCUUGA